AUGUUAGGAUUGAGUGGUUUGUCAAGGGUACAGAGAUUAAUAUUAGGAAUUAUCGUGCUACUCAUUGUAGAUGUAAUAUGGGUAGCUUCUUCCGAAUUAACAGAGUAUAUAUUCGAAGAUUUUAAAAGACCAUUCUUUACUACGUAUAUCAAAACAGCCAUGAUGAGUAUGUAUUUAUUUGGUUUUAUUAUAUGGAAACCAUGGCGACAACAGUGUACCCACGUUCCGAGUGAACCAAUAUAUGUCCCAGUAAAAUAUGAUAAAAACAGUGGAACUGAUUCUGAUGAUUCUUCAGGAAGAAGAUCGAUAAGUUUUAACAGUUUAUCAGAAGUUCGACAAUUACCAGAUACUCAUGCGGAAGAUGCUGUUUUAUCACGUCUAUCGUAUUCAGCGAGUUUAAAAGCGGAAGAAGAUAGGUUGAAAGCUUUAAGUAAAUUAUCAGUCAAACAAGUCGCCAAAUUAGGUUUUUUGUUUUCAGUUCUAUGGUUUUUUGCCAAUUUUUCGUACCAACAAGCUUUAUUAGAUACGGAGGCGGCCAUUGUUAAUGUUUUAUCGUCAACAUCUGGUUUAUUUACCCUAGUCUGUUCUGCCGUGUAUCCUAGUUCUAGUCUCGAUAGAUUUUCUUUAUCGAAAUUAGUAGCAGUAUUUAUCAGUAUUGGUGGUGUAGUGAUUGUUAGUAUCUCUGAUAAAAGUUUUGAAGAUAAUAUUCCAGUCGGGGCGUUAUGGGCGUUAUUAAGUUCGAUAUUAUACGCCCUAUAUCUGGUCUCGCUACGAAGAAAAGUGGAUCACGAGGACAAACUAGAUAUACCCAUGUUUUUUGGUUUUGUUGGAAUAAUUUGCAGUGUAAUAAUAUGGCCAGGGUUUCUGAUUCUUCACUAUUCUAAAACGGAGAUAUUUAUAUGGCCAACACGGUCUCAGUGGUUGUAUAUUACAGUCAACGGAUUAAUAGGCACCGUUUUCUCAGAGUUCUUAUGGCUGUGGGGAUGUUUUUUGACGUCAUCGUUAAUUGGUACGUUAGCUCUGGGAUUAACGAUACCCCUCACGAUGAUAGCUGAUGCUAUAAUGAAAGAGGUUCACUAUUCCUGGAUUUUUUACGCAGGAACUGUUCCAAUUUUCUUGUCGUUUUUUGCCAUCAGUUUUUUAACUCAUUAUGAAAAUUGGGAUCCUGUAUUGAUUGGUUUAAAGAAAUUAUUACAUUGUGUUUGUAAGAAAAGAUCAAAAAUAAGGUUAAGAGAGCUAGAUAGAGAACAGACUGAAAGUUUAAUAGUUGCUUCUGGUGCUAGCAGUUCCUGA